AAACAUGAAUGCGCACGGACUCGUUUGUCCUCUCUCGACCACCGUACCUUCUGAAGGGUUCAGUCCAAGAUGGCGCUGCGCGGUGUCUGUGCUUCUGCCUGGAGAACUGGAGCAGAUUUAGGGGUCAAUAAUGCGAGGACAUUUGUCACAACAGCAUUCCUCUGCAGACAGAUACCUCCUUUGGGUCCUAUGCCCAAUGAGGAGAUAGAUGUCGAAAACCUGGAGUCAUUAGAGAAGUAUCGCAGCUAUAAUCGUUACCUCCGACAAGCUGAGGAGGCAAAGAACCAGCCUGCCUGGUGGAAGACCUACAGGAGCUACGUGGAAAAAGCUGAUCCUGAGCAUGGUGCGGAGAAAGUGGACAUUGGACUUCCGUACUGUCGACCCAACAGGACCAAAGAAGUGAGGGAGAGGAAGCAGGUGAUGAAGGACAACAAGAAGAAUGUUGAGCUGGAGAGGGCUGCUCGUCUGCGCACUUUUAAGAUCCCUCUGGAUCGAGUGCAGGAAAGCUGGGAGAAGAGCAGCGGUCCGUUUCAUAUAAAGAGACUGGCAGACCACUACGGGGUCUUCAGAGAUCUCUUCCCCAUGGCAUAUUUUCUACCUCAAGUCUCACUCCGCAUCUGCUAUAGCCAGGACAACGGUGGCCAAGUGCAUUAUGGGAAUCGGCUGACACCAACAGAAGCAGCGUCUGUCCCUCAAAUCAGCUUCGAAGCGGAGGAGGGCUCCCUGUGGACCCUCUUGCUCACCUGUCCAGAUGAGCAUCUUCUGGAUAAUGAGGCAGAAUACGUCCACUGGCUAGUAGGGAACAUACCGGGAGGAGCGGUGCAGGCCGGAGAGGAGCUGUGUCACUACCUGCCCCCCUUCCCUGCCAGAGGAACGGGCUUCCACCGCUACAUUUAUGUCCUCUUCAAGCAGGAGGGACCCGUCAACUUCCAGGAGGAUGUCAGGCCGUCACCAUGCCAUUCUCUGGUGGAUCGUUCAUUUAAGACGAUAGAUUUCUACAGGAAGCAACAGGAGCUCAUGACGCCUGCAGGCUUGGCCUUCUUCCAGUGCCAGUGGGAUGAAUCCGUCACCAACACCUUUCACACCACGCUCAACAUGAGGGAGCCAGUGUUUGAGUUCAUCCGGCCUCCAGUGUACCACCCUCCACAGGUCAAAUACCCUCAUCGACAGCCCCUACGCUACAUGGACAGAUACAGAGAUGGAGAGGAGCACACCUAUGGAAUAUAUUGAUCAUGAGAGACACACACACACACACACACACACAGAGUUGAGGAAACAGGUGCAUUUCCUUGCAGAUGUGUAGUCAUGCUUGGCAUAUUUAUGUUAAAGAAAUAAAAGCAUUUUUUCAACUGUUCUGUUU